CAUCAGCAGUAACGCUAACCAAAUAGGGGGUUGUGCAACCUCGCUCGCGGUCAGCCUACUCGCAAAGCAGUUUUACUCGGGACCGGACGAAGGCUAACAAUGCGCGCAGCAGCACUUGCGCCAGUCAGGUCGACUGCUGGCUGCGUGCCGACGCGUCGAAGCCUCAGGCAAACAUGCACGGCGGUGCUGCCAGCCGCCGUCCGCGCCUAUGCACGGCCAGCAGCCAGCCCCUCUGGGCCGUGCAGCGGGGGCCUUGCCCUGCCCCCACCCACGCACGUGCUGCUGGACCCUUCCUGCUCCCGCCCAGCAGCCCCUACUGCCUCGGCCAGGUCGGCAGGCAGAGGACGUGGAGCCGUGGCUUGUAACGCCUCGUCCGCAGGCGCUGCGUCGCCAUCGCCUUCCAACAGCGGCGGCGGCAGCGGUGCAGUGGAGCUGACAGCGAUUGAGAAGAGCCUCGCGGCCUUCUGCUCCAAAUUCACGCGCUUGUUCCCUGUGUGGGUCAUCCUGGCCGCCGUGUCAGGAUUUUACAUGCCCUCGCUCUACACCUGGUUCGACAACACAUGCAUCACCUACGGGCUCAUGUUCGUCAUGGCCGGCAUGGGCCUUACCCUCACAUUUGGCGAAAUCGCCUCCGUCUUCACCAAGCAGCCACAGCUGCUGCUGCUCGGUAUGGUGCUGCAGUACACCAUCCUGCCGGCGUUCGGUUACGUCAUCUCGCGCUUCCUCAUGGCCCAGCCGGGCCUGGCGCCAGGCCUGGCUGUGGGUGUGGCGCUCGUGAGCUGCAUGCCCGGAGGCACCGCCUCCAACAUCGUGGCGUACAUCGCAAAAGGCGAUAUGCCGCUCUCCAUCAUGAUGACCACCGCUUCCACCCUCAUGGCAAUCGCCACCACACCCAUCCUCACCUCGCUGCUGGUCGGCACGCUGGUGCCCGUGGACCCCCGCGCCAUGUUCCUGUCUGUGCUGCAGCUGGUGCUGGCGCCGGUGCUGGCCGGCACCGCACUCAACCAGUUCUUUCCGGCCGCUGUGGCGCGCGUCAAGUUGUACACGCCCUUCAUGGCCACCGUGGUGGUAUUCCUGAUUGUGGGGUCGAUGAUCGGCACCAACGUCGCGGUGGUGGCCUCCUCGGGCGCCAUCAUCGUGGCCUCCGUGUUCGCGCUGCACUCCACCGGCUUCUUCCUGGGGUACUCCCUAUCCAAGGCUAUGGGCCUGUCCGACAAGAUUGCACGCACCAACAGCAUCGAGGUUGGCAUGCAGUCAUCCGCGCUGGCUGCGGUGCUGGCCAAGGUGCACUUCGCUGACCCGGUGGUGGUGGCGCCCUGCGUGCUGUCCGCCUGCACACACGCCACCAUCGGCUCACUGCUGGCGGGCUACUGGGCGGCCACGCUCAAGGACGAGGAGUAGAGGGCUAGACUGCUGAGCCAGAGGCUCUUGUGGUUUGUGACGGGCUGAGGUCUGUUGAGUCAGGAGGGCUGAACUGCUGAAGCCUUGUAACUAUCAUAUUAGGGAACGGCUGCGGGUCAGCUGACGCGCUGUAGUGGAUUUGUGGAUUAGCCACGUGGCUGGGGCUCACUUGCCGCCAUGCACGAAGACAUGCAAGCGCCUGUGUACGCGAGCUGCACUCUGUACCAUACCGACCGACACGCAUGCUGUUAAUCUGAUACUCCGAGUAACAUGGCCAGGGGCACCGCUGAACAUGGCGGCAUCGCUUUCCCUGUUGAGUCGUCCAUACCAGUUGACCGGGGCCGGGGUAUACCG